AUGACUCGUCACGUGAUACUGAAAUCGCCGUUAUUGGCGUCUUCGGAUGAAUCAACGAUGAGAAACUCUCCGACGACGAUGAGCAAACACGGGGAGAGGAGGAAAGUGGGAGAGGUUGCGGGAGGGGCAGCGGCGGAGUGCGCGGCUGUUUGGUGUUGUUGCCCUUGCGCGGUGGUGAAUCUGGUGGUUUUGGCCGUGUAUAAGGUUCCGGCGGCGGUUUGCAAAAAAGCGUGGAGACGAAGCAAACGACGACAUUUUAUGAGGAAACGGCACGGUUUGCUUGCGUCAGCGGCGGCGGAAGGGAGUCAGAGCACCGUACACGCUAGAUUGAAGGAGGAAGAUCCAACGGCUGAGAUUGUUUUCGAGGAAAGCGGAGCGAAUUGCGAGUUAAACGACGCCGUUAUGCUUGACAAUGAAAUGUUGGAGCGUUUCUAUGGGGCAGGCUUUUGGAGAAGCCCGUCACAGAGAGACACGUCAUCUGGAAGUUUUUAA